UCAACAGCAGCGCAGUAAGCCGCGGAAGUUAACUGUCCCUCAGGCAGACACGAUGUCCAACAACAACGAGAUCCGAUACUGUCACAGGUUUUCCUACAUUUGUCUCAAGUUCCUCCUGUUCUCCUAUGCCAUCAGCUGGUGGUUAAUUGGUGGAUUUAUCCUGGCUAUUGGCAUAUAUGCUGAGGUGGAGAGACAACGCUACAAGACACUGGAGGGGGUGUUUUUGGCUCCAGCUAUAAUCCUGAUCCUCCUGGGAAUCAUAAUGUUUAUUGUUUCAUUCAUCGGAGUCUUGGCUUCACUCAGGGAUAAUCUAACUCUAUUGAAAGUGUUCAUGUACACCCUGGCAGCGUGUCUGUUCCUGGAGCUGCUGGGAGGAAUCUUAGCGCUGAUGUUCCGCAACCAGACGCUGGAAUUACUGAACAAGAACAUCCGAAGGGGCAUAGUGAACUACUAUGAUGACCUGGACUUCAAAAAUAUCAUGGACUUUGUUCAGAGGAAGUUUAAGUGCUGUGGAGGUCAGGAGUAUAAAGACUGGGCGGUCAACAUGUACCACAAUUGUUCUGCACCUGGUCCAUUGGCCUGCGGUGUCCCAUAUACCUGCUGCGUUACUACUAAGCCUAAUGAAGUGGCCAACACUUUGUGUGGCUACAUGGUGCUAGCAGAAGAGCGUUUGUCAUUGAUUGAAAAGAUUCAUAUCAGAGGCUGCACCGACGCUUUCUUUAUCUGGCUGAUGGACAACUAUAAGAUUAUGGCUGGACUGCUGUUAGGGAUCCUCCUGCCUCAGUUCUUUGGUGUGAUAGUCAGCUGGCUGUAUAUCACUCGUGUGGAAGAUGCCAUCAGUGAGUACGGUCACUACAUGGAUGGGUUACUGGACUCACACCCACAGGAAAGACAAGCCAAGAGCCAGGGCCGCAUGGCCAAAUGGUUUAAGUGUAUGCCAGAGAUCGACUGAUGGAGACAAAAAAAUAAAUAAACAGAAAGCAGCGAACAGCUGCUCCAGCCAACAUUCACAGCUGAUUAAAUCACUCCAGUCAAUCAAGAUACUGCUGCAGCCACUGUGGGAAUCUGCCUUUGAACUGCAGGUUUACUACAAGCUCACUGCACUGUGGGGAAAUAAUGUUUGUUUGUUUUUUAUUGGGAAGAAGGAAUUUUUCAGGAACCAGAUUAUAUGGAGUUUACUAUUCAAUUGUUAUUUUUUCCUAUAAACUUACUGUAGAAAUAGAAUAAUUAUCACUUUAUGUGUUAACCACAGUGUACUAAUGUACAAGUGUUAAAUAAGAGCUCAUUCAGAUAUGUGCUUUUAGCUGCACUGUGCCUCAGACAGUCUCAGGGAUACACACAGUGAUAAACACAACCACUUUGCUUCUGGUAUUAUGAUAUGACAUCAAAUCUACAGCACUGACUUACUUUCAUACCGGUGUUCAUUGUGUGUUUUCUACUACCAAUUAAAACAUUUCUGUACUCCUCUACAACCUCUGAUCUUAUCAUCCAACCACUACUGUUGCCAAAAAACCUGCAGUGCUAGAUAUUGUAGGAUACCAUUUCUGUUGUGUGAAAGCAGGACAUCUCUGCCUUAGUUGUAUAUAGAACUGGACAUACUCUGAAGUUUGAGACUCAUAAUGAAUUAUUUUCUAAUAUUAGCCUGAAUAAUAAGAAUUUAUAUGCUGCAUAUAUCACAAGUGCCCACUGAACGGCCAUGAUCUGUCCCGCUAAAGAAGUGUUGCCUAUAAUGCUCAUUAUAGACAUUUUCUUAAUUUGUUAAUCAGAGCUUUAACUUUGUCUCCAUGUUUGAACUCAAGUCUGCUGCUGAAUGAAGAGAAAAUGCAAAGCAUUAUCCUUUGUGAGACAAAGGGCUGAAUAUUGAAAAUAAAAUAGUCCAAGAUGUAGAGUAGAUGGAAUUGCCUUAGAACAUCCUACAACAUAUAAUCCUGUGGAGUAUUACAUUUUACAGAUACACACUUAUAUGAUAGAGAUAUGAGUGAAUAAUGUGAAGUUAAUGUGCUACUUAAGCAAUAUCGCACUGCAGUGUACGCUGAAGUAUCCAGGCUUCUUCUCUUCAUCCUCUUCUGACGACCAUACAUCAUUUAUUUCUGGAAGUAUAUUCAUCUUUGCAAAGUUUGUUACAAUCCAAGAUAGAUACCGACUGUAAACAUAACGCUAAUUAACGGUUAAGCGGAGUGAUACAUUUAGUUAAAAGACCCAGUGCUGUUGUACUCUACAUCAGCACUCAUCAUCAUGCCUCUUGUCCAAUCUAAUUACUUGGUCAGAACUAACUGUUGUAGGAUGAACUUUGUUUGGUUUGGUGUGAAGAUGGAAACUGAGACCAAAGACCUGAACUCUCUGGAAGUAGAUUUUUAUGUCACAUCUCUCUGCCUUUGUCUGCUCAUGUGAUUGCACAUUACCUACUUACAUCACUGCUUUUUUCAUUUUCAAGCAUUUCAAGUUGGUUCUUUGAAGUUAAUUUGUUUAUUCAACAGGAUACAAGGCCAAACAGGAUUUGCCAAGGUUUACAUAGUAGCCCACGUUGAACAUAAGGAUCAGAAAGACACUGACAUGACUUAUGGCAUAUUUUCCAAUUCAGGGCCAAAGAUAUAAAACUCCAUGAUGGAUUGAUCACUCAGUGCAGCUCAUGCUCAGCUGGCUGCAGAACAGUCAAUUUACAAAAAAAAGUCACUAACAUGUUGGGUUGUCUCUCACACUGAUACGUUCUGUUUGGCUUUGAAUAGGCGAGGGGGUUUUGAGGUGUCAGCUUGGUCCUUGUUCCACUGUAACUUGUGAAGGCAUUAGCUGGUGGGUUGAAGGUAAACAUGAUAUGAAUGUACUCACUUGGUUUAGUUUUUUUAUUUAUUUGUACUAACCCUGCUUCUUACAGUGAGGCUGCAUUCACACACGGAUUUUCAGGCUUUUUGACACAUUUCUUUUGUCAGUGAUCAUGGAAAUAAGUCAGAUUCAACAUAGAGUAACAUAUAAGGUCUGAGUUUUAGAGACUAUAUAUUUUUUUAAAUAAAGUCUGAUCAGACAGUUGGUUUCCACUUGGGUAACUUAAUUUCUGUGCCUCAUCAAGCCACACAUAUCUAAUGGUGAUGAGUUAAAAGGACUGUCCUUUAGCAGAGACACUUUUCAAUCCAAGUUAUCAAGGGAAUUUCAUUAUGAAACGUGAAUGUAUUCACCCAGCUUGGAUAGAAACAUAACUAUUACUUUAUAUACUCUGUAUUUUAUAGUAUGUAUAUAGUAUAGUAUGAAUCCUAAGCAUACUGCAUCAUACUUAUAGUCUAACCAAAGAAAGUCCAUACAUAUUACCUGUACUGUGUACCACACGUCAGAGGUUGUAAAUAUUACAUGACAAAAAGUUUUAUAUAAUUACCAUGACUAGUUAAAGUACCAGUGUUUUCUCUUCAAAAGAAUAAGAUGAUAUAUAGAUGCCAAUUCAAAGUUCAAGGGAAAGUUCAAAUUCAAUGGAGUUGCACAAAACCACAAUUAUUAAAAGAAGUACGGUAUGUUGACAAAAGGUUUUGCCUGUUUGAGGGUGGACAAUAAAAUGAUUUGCUGUUUGAUGAGUUGUUUAUCUUUGAGCUGACUGUAGCUCUGAAUGGAUCUUCCGGUAAAGCAGUUUUUAGAGGUUGGGGGGCUGUUAAAUAAAUAAUGGCUGAUA